ACAUUGCUCAAAUGCACAGAAACACCCUCAAUCGUUUCUUUCUCUCUCGGCGAAGCUGAAAUCUACUGAAAAAUUCUCGUUUUGGCUGCAUGCUAUCCGAGGAAGAAUCCCAAUAUGUCGACUGCGGCUCAAGCUUUUAAUGGCAAUCUCAAGAAAGCACUUGCAGGACUAAGACGCAUCGAAUUAGAUGGCCUGAGAUGGAGGGUUUUUGAUGCAAAAGGGCAGGUCUUGGGUAGAUUAGCAUCCCAAAUAGCAACUGUGGUUCAGGGGAAGGACAAGCCUACAUAUGCUCCCAAUCGAGAUGAUGGGGAUAUGUGUGUCAUUAUCAAUGCGAAAGAUGUAUGUGUUACUGGAAGGAAAAUGACUGACAAGUUUUAUCGGUGGCAUACAGGGUACAUAGGCCACCUGAAGGAAAGGAGUUUGAAGGAUCAGAUGGCGAAGGAUCCCACGGAAGUUAUCCGCAAAGCUAUCAUGCGAAUGCUUCCUAGAAACAAACUGCGUGACGAUAGAGACAGAAAAUUAAGGAUAUUUGCUGGCAGUGAGCACCCUUUUGGUGAUAGGGCUAUUGAACCUUAUGUGAUGCCUCCAAGACAAGUGCGUGAAAUGCGACCCCGUGCAAGACGUGCUAUGAUUCGAGCUCAAAAGAAAGCCGAAGAACAAGCACAGGGUUCUACAAAUAAUACCAAAAAAGGGAAGAAGAAAGACAGCAAGCCUGAAGCAGAAAUUAGUGCAUGAUGGCCUGGGCUUUAUUCAUCUGCUGGCAAUCUCUCCGAUGAUUCCGUGUGUACUGGUUUACUUGAGCAUAUAGAUAUGCUGCAACAUUAGUUUCCGACAAAUUACCUGACUGCUCAGCAUUUAUCGCCUUGCUUUAAGGGAUUUUGAUUAGAGAACUUUGAGGAAAUUCUGGACACCCUUGUUUGUCUGUUUAUUUUGUAAAACUGUUGUGCUUGGAAAUAAUGCUUAGGAAACAACGUCUUUUAUUCCUCUAUCUACUUCAGGAUUUUUUUACUGAUGCAAGAGGAUUUGUUCAAACUGUUGUGAAUUUAUACACUUUGUUUUAAAAUGUUUUUAUUUUUCGUUUA